AUGAGAGCUGUUAGUUUUGUUAAAAGAUUGCAAUGGGAUUUACCUGGUACUGUGUGUAGACAUGGAUUAACAAUAGGAGAUGUUGAUAAUGAUGGUGAUAAUGAAUUAGUUGUUGGUACUGCAGAAGGAGAACUUUAUAUUUUUAAAGGCUCAGAAUUAUGGCAAAAAAUACCUGGAUUAGGUCUUAUUACUAGUGUAGCAAUAGGAGAUAUCUUUAAUUAUGGACGAAAUGCAUUAGUUGUAAUAUGUGGAGAUGGUUGGGCACAUAUUUUUUAUAGUCCAAGAUCUGUUAAUCCUAAUAUUGUUAAUAUAAGUUCUACUCAAUUAAAUAAGGAAAUAAUUGAUCAAGAUAACAUGAAACAUAAUCAUGCAAAUGUGGAUGUUAUAACAAGUGUUAAUAUGACAAGUUCCUCAAGUUUAGAUCAAAUAGAUGGUAACAACGAAUUAAAUGAAUUGUCUGGUAAAAUGGAAUGUGUGCAUGUACAAAGAAUUCCAACCAACACAAAGAUGAUUUUAAUAGCAGAUGUUGAUAAAGAUGGUGCAAAUGAGAUGAUACUUGCUUUGACUGAUCGUGUAGUGAGAUCUUAUAGAUGGUCAAGUAAUUUAGAAUUAGGAAGAGGAAAAUUAGUUGGAUUGAACAAAUGGGAAUGUGCAAAUCAAAUAGGAACUGUCACAUUACAGCAUAUGGCGGAUGGAACACCAACUUUAUUAGUUGCUCAACCUGGUGGAACGUUCAUGCGAAUUAAAUGUAAUCCGGAAGAUUGUCAUUUAGAAGAUGAAACUGAUCAUAAAAGUAAUGAAACAGAAGCAAGCUGUGUAGAUUAUCAAACAUUGGGAAUAUCAAGAAUGCGCAAUCAAAAUAUUUCGACAGAAAUCAUCGGAGAUUUGGAAUGUAUAGUAGAGAAUAAGGUGUCAAGUUACGAAUUCAAAGAAUCAUGUAAAUCGAAUGUUUUAAAUGAAAUUCAACAUAGUAAAAAUUUAAAAUCUGUCUCGUUAGAAUCUAAGAAAAAUAAUUCACAAUUAGAAACAAGAAAAAGUACUAUGGAAGGGCAUAGAAAAAAUUCAACGAUAGACAAUUCAAAAAUGAUAAAAAUUUCUGGAACUUCUGAUCUUUCUAAUCGGGAUCAAGUUGACGGUAAUGUUUUGGGAGGCAACGUAAUUCUUGGUGAUUACGAUAUUAAGACGGAAAAAGAUUCUUUAUUACCUACAUAUAAGCAUUUUUCAUGCCGAGAUAAUAGCAAUAAUUAUAAUAAAGAAGAUUUAAAAGGAAAGAAUAAAAUCGAAAUUGAUGCGAAUAUACAAAAUAAUUCUUUUCAAGGAAAACCUUAUGCUCUUGCUACUUUAGAUGGGACAAUAAUGUUGGUUAAGGAUGAAGUCAUUUUAUGGUCGAUGCAAGUAGAUCAUCAGAUAUUCUCUUUAUGUCGAUUAGAUGUAACUGGCGAUGGUUCUGAUGAGAUAGUAGCUUGCGGAUGGGAUGGACAAACUUAUAUUUUAGAUCAACAACGUAAUAGUGUACGUUUUCAAUUUGAAGAACCAAUUAGAGCAUUUUGUACUGGUAAUUAUAAUGUUACUCCCGGAUUUCCGACACCUUGCCUUGUAUAUAACAGUUUUAAUAAUAAGAUAUUUCUUUAUUAUGACGUUACACUUCCAAGUAUGGUUACUAAGCCUUUAAAUCCCAUAGAGAAGCUUGAUUUCGAAGAAAAGGAAAUUUUAGACAAUCUUCUAGGAAACUGUAGUGAUAUGGAGAAACAACAAAAAAUGCGAGAGUUAACAGAAUGGUUAUUAUACGGUAUAUCUUAAAAGAUUUGAUGCUGUAAAUUAUAUAAAGAAUUAUAUAAAGAAAAAUAUAUAUGCAAAUUCUUAUA